CAUCAUUUCAUAAGUUAAAGUUGUCAAAGAGACAAAAGUCUUAAAAAGUUAUAUUUUAGUGACAUUAAGCACAUAAAAAAAAAUCUGAAAGAAUGAAACUUUUGAUUGUGUUGUUCGCUUUGAUUGCUGCUGCAUUUGCAGUUCCACAAUUCUAUCCAGGAGGAUAUGGAGGUGGAUAUGGUGGUUAUAGACCAGGAUUUGGAGGUGGUGGAUUUGGGGGAUCAGCUGCAAACGCUCAAGCUUCAUCACAAAGUUUCAAUGCUGGUGGUCCAUUUGGUGGAUUUGGUGGAAGUGGAUACCCUGGUUUUGGAGGUGGAAUGAGUGGAAGUGCUGCAAAUGCUGCAGCUGGAAGUCAAUCAAUGGGCUUCGGUCGUUAAAAAGAUUUUACGUGAAAAUUGUGUAUAAGAAAUGACUGAAUUUUAAAUAAAAUUGAACAAUGAAUAAAUAAUUAAAUUGUGAAAGUUUUUUGAAAAAUUAUGGGUAAGGGCGAUAAAGUGAUGUAUGUGAAAUGUCUGUUGUGCAAAUGUUUGCAAAAUAAUAUAAAAAAAAAUUUAAAGUCGUCUCUUAGUCAAAAUAUUAGCUAUUAAGUACUAUAAAUUCACUAAACCUGCUAAACACCAUUCAGUUCUGAGUGAUCAGUCUUCA